GUGCACUAAACUACUAAAGUCUCCUUCCACUUUUCUUUUUUUUUUUCCCUUUCUGAACAAAUAAAGUAAUAUAAUUGAUACUGUUCUUGUAUUACAGUUUUAUUUUAUCUACUGAUUUUCCCGGAAAAAUGCUACCUUCAACCUUCAAAAUUGAAAAAAAAAAAAAAAAGUUUGCCGCAAAGUAGAACCUUGUAGAGUUUUUACUGGUUAAAAGUAGUAUUCAAUAUAAAAACGAUUUUUUUUUUUAGUUUCUCUUUUAUGCUACAGUUUUGGGUUUUUCUCAGUGUCUACCCUACAGAUCUGCAAUUCAGUGUUUGUACAAUAUUUUCAGUAUUAACAACCGUACUCUGAAAAUCUCUUUUGUUUGAAAUGAAGAGCAAAAUCGUUGAGAAUUUUUUGGAUGUUUGAUGUUGGUGGUUUUCUGAAAAUAGAUACUGAGGGUACCAUCUCUCCUGCGACACAUUUAUGAGUAGUUUAUUCAAGGGUUCGCCAUACAAACGGCGGCAUGACUUGGAGGCGGGCACCAGUCGCUCGCCGUAUUCCGAUGACCAGGACGAUGGGAUGUCAUCGAGCCCGUUCUACAUCACCAGGACUAAGAAUGCUUCCAUUGAACGCCUCCGCCGCUGGAGAGUAAUAUUGCCCUAAUCUCAUCUUUUAUGCUCUGCUGAAAUAGUCUGAUUAUGCCUUUGAUUUUUUAUGCUCGAAGUUCUUCAUUCCUUAACAUACUGUUUGGAUAGAAAAUAGUAAAGGGAAGGGAAGGGA